AUGUCUACCAUUCUUACUGUUCACGCUCGUGAGAUUUUCGACUCAAGAGGCAAUCCAACCAUCGAGGUUGAGAUCACCACCGACAAUGGACUUUUCAGAUCAGCUGUCCCAUCUGGAGCUUCUACUGGUGUCCACGAAGCUGUUGAAUUGAGAGACGGAGAUAAGGCCAGAUUUGGAGGAAAGGGUGUUUUGAAGGCUGUUGAGAACGUGAACAAGGUUCUUGCUCCAGCUUUGAUUGGAAAGAAUGUUUUGAACCAGACUGAACUCGACGAGAUGAUGAUCAAGCUCGACGGAACUGAGAACAAGGGCAAGUUGGGUGCUAAUGCUAUCCUCGGAUGCUCAAUGUGCAUUUGCAGAGCUGCUGCUUCAUUCAAGAAGCUCCCAUUGUACAAGUACUUGAACGAAUUGACCAACCACAAGGAAAUGAGCAUGCCAGUCCCAUGCUUCAAUGUCAUCAAUGGUGGUGCUCAUGCCGGUAAUGCCCUUGCCAUGCAAGAGUUCAUGAUCUGCCCAACUGGUGCUACUAACUUCCAUGAAGCUAUGAGAAUGGCUGCUGAGACAUACCAAUGCCUUAAGGUCGUUAUUAAGGCUAAAUACGGACAAGAUGCUACCAACGUUGGAGAUGAAGGAGGAUUCGCACCAAACGUCUCAGGCGCUCGUGAAGCUCUUGACUUGUUGACUGAAGCCAUUGCCAAGGCUGGUUACACUGGAAAGAUUGAAAUUGCUAUGGACUGUGCUGCUUCUGAAUUCUACAAGGACGGAAAGUAUGACCUUGGAAAGAAGAUCCCAGCUGAAAAGAAGGACGCUUCUUUGGUCAAGGACGUCGACAGCCUUAUUGCUGAAUACGUCGACUACGGAGCUAAAUACCCACUCGCUUCCAUUGAAGAUCCAUUCGAUGAGGAUGACUGGGCUGCUUGGAACAAAUUCACAACUGAGCACGGCAAGUUCCAAAUUGUCGGUGAUGACUUGUUGGUCACCAACCCAAAGAGAGUCCAAAUGGCCAUUGAGAAGAAGGCUUGCAACUCAGUUUUGAUUAAGGUCAAUCAAAUCGGUACCUUGACUGAAACCUUCAAGACUAUCGCUAUGGCUCAAGAGAGAGGAUGGGGUGUCAUGGUCUCACACAGAUCCGGUGAAACUGAAGAUACCUUCAUUGCUGACUUGGUCGUCGGCUUGAACUGCAAACAGAUUAAGACUGGUGCUCCAUGCAGAUCUGAGAGACUUUGCAAGUACAAUCAGUUGAUGAGAAUCGAAGAAGAACUCGACGCCAAGAUCCCAUACGCCGGUCACAACUGGAGAGGAAGCGCUUAA